GCCGAGUGAUACAAAGCCUCUUGUGUCCGACCUACUCUUCCCCAGACUUCCAAAUCCGCUCUUCUGGAAGCGCCAUCUCUCUGCCAAGGUCGUGAAAGUCGGUCUUGGGCCGCCUGUUCGUGCUUCUGCUCACCUGCAGAGCACAUUUCAGAACGUCUUCUUACAUUUGAACGGCCUGUUUGCAGUCGACUGGAUCUCUCGCGGUUGUGCUGGAGCCUGGACCCGCCCCUCAAGAUCGAGGACAAACCAUAGGUUGACCUCCGCUCCGGCCGCGAAUCACGCCUCCCGUCUCGUGAUUCUGCUUCUUGCCGUGAAAGCUUCAUUCGCUCACAGAUCCGCGAGUUUUUCCAUGCUGCAAUAACACCGAGGUCGACGUCAUGCCUGCCAUCAUGGCGGCCACCUACUCGUCGCCGAGCACCGCCGUUCCUGCAGCUUCAACAGCGUCCGACUUGAGGACGCAGGCCGAGAGAACACAAGACGAGCGAUCUGACGCUGAAACGUUGCUUGCCCUCAAGCGAAGCACAGAGCGCAGGCAUUCGCCAACGUAUGCCAACAGUUCCCGGGAAGAGCGUCAAGGCUCCGGAUAUCCACCUUCUCCGUCGAGGAGUUCGAAAGCUUCCGAGGUCCAGGAGUAUCAUUCAUUGGAUGACACCGUCAGCUAUUCAAAUCAAGGAGAUCACCCAAACCGUUUCCACGACGAGUCCGGUCCAUCCUCAACGAGUGCACAUUCUCCAAGUGCCGCAACAAGCACCGGUCAAGUGUGCAGCAACUGUGGAACAACGAGGACGCCACUAUGGAGGCGAUCACCUGAAGGCAAGACGAUAUGUAACGCAUGCGGCCUAUAUUACAAAGCACGAAAUCAGAUGAGACCGACGAAUCUCAAACGCAAUCUCCAACCCACAGCCAACACUGGAAGUUCCAGCGAACCAGGUAGUCAAAUUUCAAACUCAACAAGUACGCCUCAGGCCACCUUCGUUCCCGUCGAGACGUCUUUGCCAGGAACUUGCCCUGGUGGUGGCCGUUGCAACGGGACUGGUGGCCAUGCUGGAUGCAGUGGCUGUCCAGCAUUCAACAACCGUAUAGCGAAGACCCAGCAACUGGCAUCUACCUCCUCAGCAGAAACACAGCUCACACAGAAUGGCAAGUCAGCGUCUGGCCAUAUGAACGGAAAUCUCCCAGCGUCUGGCACCAGUGUCGUCGUGCCUGCUUGUCAAAACUGCGGGACCACGGUCACUCCACUAUGGCGUCGCGAUGAUAACGGCCAUACGAUCUGCAAUGCUUGCGGCUUAUACUACAAAUUGCAUGGACGGCAUCGGCCGUCUGGCAUGAAGAAGGAACAUAUCAAGCGUAGAAAGAGAGUAAUGCCCGCGACCUCUGGACACACUCCUCCGCACGCUACCAACGAUUCUUCUGUUUCACCUGACCCUCAAGCCGCACCGAUAAACAACACCAUGGCGCGCGACGAGUUUACACCAAACCAGCAGCUGAAUCUACCUCAUCAUGAUCGGCCUGCGAAUGGAGGUAUUCAGCAUGACGCCCAAAGGUUGAUGGAACCCCCAACACAGUCGUACGGGCCACCCCCCGUAGACUUCACACAUUACACUUCAGCCCCGGUGCCCUCAAGGUCGCACAAGGAGCUUCCGCUUCCGAAUCCUUCAUUUCAUCUAUAUUCCGCGGAUGUCUCCCGUACUAAUGCGAAAAAAAGAACAUUAUCCGAAACAGCAGAUCGUCAAGUUUCGACGUUUGGCGAGCGUUCGAAUGCGGAAUCCAUCGAUCCAAACCUGUCUAGUUAUGCGAGACGUGCAGAGAGCCACGUUGAUGCUAUGAGCUCAGGGAAUCAGGAGACCAGGGAGGAGAGGAUGGAGCGCAUUAGGCGCGAGAGGGAUCGGCUGGCGGAACAGGUUGCUGCUAUGAAUAGGCAAUUACAAGAGAUGGAAGAGGAAAGUCACUAAAUCGUUUCAGAAACGUCUCAUUUCCUGAUUUCUUUGACGCAAUUCUCCUUUUAUUGCGAGGCGCUUGGGAAAGGCUUGCAACGAUAGGAAACUUCCGGGAAAUACCCGUUCUUAUGGCAUUUUCUGGUCGGGCUUACUUUGAAUCGGGCUGCAGAGAUAAUAAUAGACAUGCACAGAGUCCUCGUCGGAUGUGCCUCCAGUCAUGAUUUUGUGCAUAGGCUACAUGUACACUGCAGAAACUUCCAAACGGUGCCUUGCUCAUCAGGACCUGUCCUUCG